GAUUGGUCGCUGCCGGCUGUCUCCGGAAGUAUCGUUCUCUUCCUCUUCCUCAUAUCCACCGUUGUUUAUAACACUUGCGAUGUUAAAAUAGCAGGUUUUGUACAAUUAAACACUUAAGGCAGACCGUAUUAGGUCCGUUUUCAUUAUUGUGUUAUACUCCGAAUUAUCUGUUGGAUUUUACACCGUGGACGAAAACUCGAAAUGUGCAACGGUUGUGUGCAGAAGGAAUACCCUGACAGGGGGAACACGUGUCUGGAGAAUGGCUCCUUCCUGAUGAAUUAUCUCGGCUGUGUGAACUGCCACCAGAGGGACUUCGUGUUAAUCAGUAACAAGACCAUGGAAGACGAGGAUGGAGAGGAGAUUGUAACAUAUGACCAUGUUUGCAAAAACUGUGAGCACGUUGUCGCCAGACAUGAAUACACGUUCUCCGUGGUGGACGAAUAUCAAGAAUACACAAUGUUGUGCAUGCUAUGUGGAAAGGCAGAGGACUCCAUCAGCGUGCUUCCAGACGACCCCCGGCAGUCUGCCCCUCUCUUCUAGCCCUCCGAGAUAAGCCAGCUGUUCAGCCUGCAUAUUGGACAUUGAUAACUAAGAAUCAUCGUCCAAUGUGGUUUACCGGUCUCUGCCACACCCAUCACGUUCUUCUGUCCUUACUGUCAAAAUAUAAUUAAAUGUUUUCAGUGUGCCGUAAGUUUGGCUGACUCCAUGGCUUAUUAUAGCCAUAUUGUUCUAUUUUUUUUAAUGAUAACCUUUCAUUUGAAACAAACUGUGAAGAUAGUAUGGUGAUCGUGAUAAAAAAAUGUAAAUUUUUUUUUUUAAGACAUUCUAUAAAUCUCUAUUUUAACCAUAGACUUUGCAUUUUUUGCUCAAAGGAAUGCACAUUUUUGCUGAAAGGUUUAACUAUGACGGCGAGUGACAUAUUUACCGUUCCACUGUUUGUACUUUGUGGCCUCUGCAAAAUAUUGUUUAAACCCUUCUAGCUUAUGCUGAUUGAAAAGUGUUUCAUGUGCAUUUCUUAAUACUGAUGACCGAAUAUAGCAGCCCCACAUCUGUGAGCCUAUUUAACAAUGGAUCUAUGAAUGGUGGCUUAUUCUUCUUACCUCUUCAGGUAAACAUACAACUGUGAUUUAUUUGCAUAUUGGACCUCUUCUAAUGCAACAAACAGUGCUCAGAGAAGAUAUAACCAGUUGUUUACCAGCUUAAUAAACAUGAUUUUAUACACGCUUA